GAUUGGCUCGACGCUUUUGGCGCGCUACCCCAGCGCCGCGGUGGAACGCUUGGGAAACUACCGGCCAAAGCUGGUGUGUGUUUGUUCGUUGGAGAUUACCAAAUAUAACCGAAAAUGUCUGACGAAGCAGUUACAACAAAUAAAAGGGGCAGAAAGCCGGCAGCAGAAAAAGUAGUAGAAAAACCGGAAUCAAGAAAACGUACAAAAAAGGAGGCAGUGAAAAAUGAUACCGAAGGUGAAUCCGACAGCGCCUCCCCCACCAAACGAGGCAGAGGCCGACCAAAGGGAACGACCAAAAAGAAGUCUCCUGCUAAAGCUAAGUCGGCCGCAAAAGGUGGCGUAGGUCGCCGUGGCCGACCAAAGAAAAAGAACGUCGAUGAGGGAAAAUCUUCAGAGGAAGACGCAGACGACAAUGACGCCGGCGAAGAUGAAGAUGAAUAAAUUAAAAAUAAAAAAAUAUCUCGAAAAUCCUAGACAUUUUGCAGUAAUUCUAGGAUUCUCUAUUGUUCCGAUUUCAAUAAAAUUUGCAUAUGUUUAUAUUUAAUUGUGUAGGGGAUCAUUUUUCUUCUAUGUAGUUCGACAUAUAGGCAUACCUUAGGAAUGCUCUAUGAUUAUCUUUACAGAAUUAGGAUUUUUUUUUAUUUAAUGUUCAAUUAAUGUCAUAAUUACAGUGCAUUAGAGUAUUUAUGUAUAAGAAAUGAUCUCUGAUAGAUUCGUUUUGUGGUGGACUAAUAUUUAGUUUUAGUUUCAUUUAUAAGUGUACAUUUCAGUGUGAAGAAUCUCGAAUUACUAAAGGGAUUAAUAUAGUGAAAUUCUUUUCGUAAAUAAAUGAUUUUCAAAAUUA